AUGCGCCCUGUAUGGGCUUCAGGCAGUGCGUGCUUGUUCGUACUUUCUGAAGUUGGUGGGUUUUUCCAGGGGGACGUCGUCAAUGAAUCGUGGCAGCAUCUUCAGCAUUGGAUUCAAGGCCACUCUUCAGCUCCAUCUGCACCCAACUCUCGGCCUGGAUCUUCAUCAUCGUUCAAAGCACAGUUCGAUUCCCCGAAAAACGACUCUUUGGGGUCUGGCCGAGAAACCAUGGGACGUCACGACCCCGAGGCUCUCACUGUCGCUCACCGCCGGCACUUGUCAUCCCUGAUCCACUCUCUUCUUCUUGCAGAAGUCCCAUUCGCAAGAACCCUCAGGGGUCUUCUCACCAACGUUGAUCGCUUCGCCGCGCUUGUUAUACGAUUGGAAACGAUCCAACGAAACAUGGACCUCGAGGCAGAUGAAGGUGUGGAGGAUGCUUUGUUCGACUAUGCUUCAGAAGAGCGUGAAGUGUGGGAGGAGCUAUGUGCUACUCGUAACGAUGUCGAUGUCAGCAUACAAAAUCUUGUCACAAACCUGAGAGACAUUGACGAUAGUCGCUCAGGAGACGGUGGCGGACAAAUCGAUCUAGCACAAAACUUCGGUCAAACUCUGCCUGGCACCCAGCACGACAAUACCGACCCGGGGUUCAAUCACUAUGUGCCCCCCAAGCCGGCGGGCGUGGACCGCUUGCUCAUGAAAUUGGAUUUCGGAAGCCUGUAA